AUUUGUCGAAGUACGGCCGAAAUUGAAGCAGCUUAGGUCACCAUCGUCAUUUCGUUCACUCAACUCAACACUCUAAGCUAGGCCUCGUUCUGCAUAACCGGCCGAGGCGUUUCGCCGAUUUCAUGCAAAGACUGUUGAGAAACACAUCAUUUUUGGGCUUUUUUUAAUUAGUAAUACAUUACUCAAUCUGCUUCAAAGAAUAAUCAAUGAAUCCUGCAAAUUUGAUCCUGAAACUAUCAAUUUUACGAUCAAUAUAUUAAAUCUCGUGCUUUCCUGCCUUUGAUUCCUAUCAAGCUCUACAAUCGAGGGGACCAAGGAAAGUCAUUCAGCGUUAAGAAAUUUUGAUGGUGUUAUUGUUUCAAUUGCUUUGUUUAUGAGUUGGGGAUGGUGGUUAUGGACAAUUUUCUGCAUACAGAGUCUGCAAGAGUGGUUUCAUUGAGUAAUGGUAGUUGUUCUGAGGACAGAUCAGGAAUAUUGCCAAUGGAAAAUGGUUAUUGUGGUUCUCAGCAUGGUUUACCCAAGUUUAAGCGGCGGAGAGUUUCUGCUGUUCGAGAUUUUCCUCCAGGUUGUGGACGGUUUGUCUUGCAGACACCCAAUAGAGAUACUGUUGUUGGUAUAGUUUGCCCUGAGGCAGAUAAUCUUGUGCACUCAUCUAAUCAUUUGGAGAAGCCUGAAUUGGUGAGUGCUGAUCCUGAAGGAGCUUUGUUUCCAGAAUCUGAAAAUUUAAAACUGUUAGAAUGCAAAAUCUCUACUGAGUCAAAGCAUUUGACUGGGGCAGAUGUUGGCACUGCAAAGAAAGAGAUGUCCCUGGAAAGUGGUGUGAAGGCAUCAUCACUGCCUGACCAGCGAAUUGCUGCUCCAGGUAUCAGUCAUGAGAAUUCAGUAACUAAAAAAUAUCCACCUAGGAGAAAAGUUUCAGCGAUUAGAGACUUUCCUCCAUUUUGUGGGCCAAAUGCUCCAUGUCUUUGUAAGGAAGAGUUCAGUGAAAAGUUUGCUUCUUCAAAGAGUUUGGAUGAGGAGAAGUCUGUUACAGAAGAAAGGUCUGUGAGAGGGACUGUGGAGACUGAUGUGAAACAAAUGGACGAGGAUGGUUAUCAAGGGUAUGCAUACAAGAGUAAGUUGAAUGAUGAUGUUUCCAAAAUCAUCUGUGAUCAAGAUCUAUCUGAUCUUAAAGAAUGUGCAACCAUGGGAAUGAAGAAACAUGAUGAGUUUGAAAUUUUGUCUAAUAGCAUUAUAAAGAAUAAUCAGGAAGAUUCUAGAGAAAAUAGCAUUACAUCUCCACGAGGGACUGAACAAUAUAGGUCUGAACUUAAGAUUGGUUUAAAAUCAAGUAACAAGGAUGUUGGAGUUUUGGAGGAAAAUCUGUUGAGGGAUACUGUGGUUCAUGCAGAGGAGAAACAGUCAGACAGGAAUUGUUCAGAUUUAUCUGAAAGUGGUGACCAAUUCAUAGAGGAAGGUCCUGAUUAUUCACAGUUUGCAUCGAAUUUGGUUAUUGUGCAAGGUCUCAUGGCAUCCUCAAAUUGUCCUUGGAGACAGGGGAAAGGGGCCUUUAAAUCUAAGUGUGCUGUUGUUACUGGUGAAAGCAAAAGAAAGAAGCAUGAUAUGCUGCCAGUAUGUACAUCUGCUUCGAAGAGAAAGAAUGAAGCAGAGAGCUCUAGAGGGACACUCAGUAAGAAAAAAUUAUCAUCAGCUGCAGAGGUAGAUAAAACUGUGGUUCCAUUAAUGAUUUUGGAUGGGGAAGAUUCUCUUGGAAAUGAUGGGGAACAUAAAGAAAUUCAGGUGGAUCAUAGAUCUCUCACUGUUGAUGUAAACCUCCUUCCUUCACGUCCAAGUAGUUCAAUGUGUAGCGGUGCUUACAAUGAUGUUACUGGUGCUCGAAACAAAGUGAGGGAAACAUUGCGCCUUUUCCAAGCUGUAUGUAGGAAGCUGUUGCAGGAAGAAGAAUCAAAGGCUAAUGAACAAAACAAUCGUAAGAGAAUUGAUUAUCUAGCAGCUAAAAUUCUCAAAAACAAAGGGAAAUAUGUCAAUGAUGGCAAUAAAAUCAUUGGGUCUGUUCCUGGAGUUGAAGUUGGUGAUGAGUUUCAUUAUAGGAUAGAGCUCAAUAUUAUUGGUCUUCAUCGCCCAAUUCAGGGUGGUAUUGAUUAUGUCAAGCAUAAAGGAAAGGUUCUUGCCACAAGUAUUGUAGCAUCUGGGGGUUAUGAUGAUGACUUGGAUAACUCAGAUGUCCUGACUUAUACAGGUCAAGGAGGAAAUGUAACCAAUGGAGGGAAAGAACCAGAGGAUCAGAAGCUUGAACGAGGGAAUCUUGCUUUGCUGACUAGCAGGUAUGAAAAGAAUCCUGUAAGAGUAAUCCGUGGAGAGACAAGGGGCUCUGAUUCUGGUAGGACAUACAUUUAUGAUGGGCUAUAUUUGGUGGAAAAAUCCUGGCAGGAUUUGGGGCCACAUGGUAAACUAGUUUUCAAGUUUAGGUUGGCUCGAAUUCCUGGUCAGCCGGAACUUGCUUGGAAGGUGGUAAAGAAAUGCAAAAAGUUUAAAGUACGUGAGGGUGUAUGCGUAACUGAUAUCUCACAAGGACAUGAGUUGAUUCCCAUUUGUGCUGUGAACACCAUAGAUGAGGAGAAGCCUCCACCAUUUACAUACACUACUCAGAUGAUAUAUCCUGAUUGGUGUCACCCUGUUCCCUCGAAGGGCUGUGAUUGCACGAAUAUAUGUUCAGAUUCGGGGAAAUGUUCUUGUGCAGCCAAAAAUGGUGGAGAGAUCCCAUACAACCACAAUGGUGCAAUUGUUGAAGUGAAGCCCCUUGUCUAUGAGUGUGGUCCUGCUUGCAAGUGUCCUCCUUCUUGCUAUAAUAGAGUCAGUCAGAAGGGUAUCAUAUUUCAGCUUGAAAUCUUUAAAACUGAAUCUAGGGGCUGGGGUGUGAGAUCCCUAAAUUCCAUUUCUUCAGGAAGUUUUAUCUGUGAGUAUGUAGGAGAGCUCCUUGAAGAGAAAGAAGCUGAAAAAAGAACUGGUAAUGAUGAGUAUUUGUUUGAUAUAGGGAACAAUAGCAAUGAAAAAUCUCUUUGGGAUUGUCUUUCAACCCUCAUGCCGGAUACACAGUCAACUUCUUGUGGAGUUGUGGAGGAUGGUGGGUUUACCAUUGAUGCAGCACAGUACGGUAAUGUGGGAAGAUUCAUUAAUCAUAGUUGUUCUCCUAAUCUCUAUGCCCAAAAUGUCCUGUAUGACCAUGAGGACAAAAGAAUACCUCAUAUAAUGCUCUUUGCUGCUGAGAACAUUCCUCCCUUGCAGGAGCUUACUUAUCACUACAAUUAUGUCAUAGAUCAGGUUCGUGAUUCAGAUGGAAAUAUUAAGAAGAAGAGUUGCUAUUGUGGUUCUUCAGAAUGCACUGGUAGGUUGUAUUGACGUUGAGUAACAAUCAAAGUUUUGAAUUGUGGAGAAGCAGUAAUUUCUUGUUUCCUCUCAGUAACUUUCUUAGGACUCCUAGCAUUUUCAGGUUCUAACUCCAGCCUGUGCACAAAGACGAGCAUGUAUACUUUUGUUUGUAUGUGCAUACACAUCUGUUAAAUGUGUUAUGCUUUAUUUGUUUGUUAGAUGGUGACCUGUAUGUAUCGAAGCUUGACUUGUUAUAUUAGUUGUUCCCUUUAGUGA